AUGGCUUUUGCUCAUUCUGCCACCGGAAACCAAGAGCUGGGGCGCUGCUCUGAUACUUCGUCCAGCCGUCAGGAUGUGAAGGGAUACAAGGAAGAAGGAGCGGACAGGCCGGAGCUCACAUCCAAGCAAAAGGCAAGUUUGUUCCUUCUACUUCAUUUCAUCAUUCUGAUAGAUAUCAAAGAUUUUGUACUGACUGAAGGUGGUACAGUCACUCCUUUGUGCCCAAAAGGAUAUUUCCCCUGCGGGAAUCUGACCAAGUGCCUGCCCCGGGCUUUCCACUGCGACGGCGUGAACGACUGCGGGAACGGGGCUGACGAGGGCAACUGCGGAGAUACGAGUGGAUGGGCAACUAUAUUUGGCACAGUCCAUGGAAAUGCUAAUAAUGUGACAUUGACACAGGAGUGCUUUCUAGACCAGUUUCCACAGCAUUGUGACUGCAAAGAAACUGAGCUGGAAUGCGUGGAUGCUGGCUUAAAGUUCGUGCCCGUGAUUUCCAGCCAUGCCACCUUACUGUCUCUUAAGAAAAACAAAAUUCAUAGUCUUCCAGAUAAAGUUUUCAUCAAAUACACAGAACUUAAAAAGAUAUUCCUUCAGCAUAACUGUAUUAGACACGUAUCCAGGAAAGCAUGUUUUGGAUUACAUAAUCUGCAAAUAUUAUAUCUCAGCCACAACUGCAUUACAGCUCUCAGACCUGGAGUAUUCAAAGACUUGCAUCAGCUAACUUGGCUAAUUCUAGACGACAAUCCAAUCGCCAGAAUUUCACAGCGGUUGUUUACGGGAUUGAAGUCCUUAUUUUUCCUGUCUAUGGUUAAUAACCACUUAGAAGCCCUUCCCAAGGAGAUGUGCACCCAAAUGCCUCACCUCAACUGGAUGGAUUUGGAAGGCAAUGGAAUAAAAUACCUUACGAAUUCCACCUUUCUGUCAUGCAGUUCACUCACUGUGCUGUUUCUGCAUAGAAAUUAAAUUGAUUUUGUUCCAGAGACGACAUUUGCCUCAUUAAAAAAUUUAGGAGAACUGGACCUGUCUAGCAAUAUGAUAAUGGAGCUACCACUGCACAUUUUUGAAAACCUGAGGCUUCUACAAAAAUUGAAUCUGUCAUCCAAUCCUCUUUUGUGUCUCCAUAAGAACCAGUUUGAAAACCUUGAACAACUCCAGUCUCUAGACCUGGAAAGGAUAGAGAUCCCAAAUAUAAAUACACAAAUGUUUCAGCCCAUGAAGAAUCUUUCUCACAUUUAUUUUAAAAACUUUCGAUACUGCUCCUAUGCUCCCCAUGUCCGAAUAUGUAUGCCCUUGACUGAUGGCAUUUCUUCAUUUGAGGACCUCUUUGCCAACAAUAUCCUCAGAAUAUUUGUCUGGGUUAUAGCUUGCAUAACCUGCCUCGGAAAUCUUUUUGUCAUUGGCAUGAGAUCUAUCAUUAAAGCCGAAAAUACGACUCACGCUAUGUCCAUCAAAAUCCUUCGCUGUGCGGACUGCCUGAUGGGCGUCUAUCUGUUCUUCAUUGGCUUUUCCGAUCUGAAAUACCGCGGGCAGUAUCAGAAGUACGCGCUGCUGUGGGUGGAGAGCUUGCAGUGCCGCCUCAUGGGGUUCCUGGCCGUGCUGUCCACCGAAGUCUCCGUGCUCUUGCUCACCUACUUGACUCUGGAGAAGUUCCUGGCCGUUGUCUUUCCCUACAGUAACCUUCGUCCUGGAAAACGGCAGACCUCGGUCAUCCUCUUGGGCAUCUGGAUCGUGGGGUUUUUAAUAGCGGUGAUUCCCUUUUGGAAUGAGGAUUAUUUUGGAAACUUUUAUGGAAAAAAUGGAGCCUGUUUCCCCCUUUAUUAUGACCAAACAGAAGAUGUCGGAAGCAAAGGAUAUUCUCUGGGCAUUUUCCUAGGUGUGAACUUGCUGGCUUUUCUCAUUAUCGUCUUUUCCUAUACUAUCAUGUUCUGUUCCAUUCAAAAAACUGCCUUGCAAACUUCGGAAGUGAAGAAUCACAUUGGAAGAGAGGUGGCCGUUGCAAAUCGCUUCUUUUUUAUAGUGUUCUCAGAUGCCAUCUGCUGGAUUCCGGUAUUUGUCAUUAAAGUUCUUUCCCUCUUCCGGGUGGAAAUACCAGGCCCAGUCACUUCCUGGGUGGUGGUUUUCUUCCUGCCGGUCAGCAGUGCCUUGAACCCCAUCCUCUACACACUCACAACCAGCUUCUUCCAGGACAAGUUUAAACAGCUGCUGCACAAACAUCGAAGGGAAUCGGUUUUCAAAACUAAAAACAAGAGUGUAUCCACGUCCAUUGUGUGGACAGAUGAUUCCUCUUCACUUAAACUUGGGGUUCUGAACAAAAUAGCCCUUGGCGAUAGUAUGGGGAAACCAAUUUCCUAGUAACGGUUUUGGCUCCCUGGACAUUGGGGGACCACCUAUAAAGAAGUACAGCCCUUGGGCAGGGACAUCUGCAAAGCCUUUCAGCUCUACCAACGGCCGAGCUUCCUGCAAGGAGGGCGCAACCGAAUGCCCGCUGGCACUGCGUUCCCGCGGCAGCUUCACUACUUACAAGCUGUGCUAAGAACCGUGCCUGAGGGUUCUUCUCACCCUGCAUCCUUGAAAUGCACUAGCAAAUCCACUAACAGGAGGCCGUUGUGCCGCUGGUCUCUAGCUAGUCAGCACUGCCAGCCUACCAGGGAAUGCCCGCAUGUGGGCACUGCUUGCUCUGCUUUUAAACUGAGGUGCACUGCCCAUAAAAUAAAGACAUUCAUGGCAUGCAAUUCCAGUGUGGCCGCAAGAACAUGGCUUUCUUUUCUUUUUCCACAGCAAAUUAAGUCAGCAGCUCCCUGCUGAAGAGCUAGCCCAGGAUCUCUGAGAUGUUCACCCACCGCAAGCCCAGCCCCACGGAGGCGGGGGAGCAGCCACUUUGAAAGCAGAACGUCAUACGGGCGACCACACCUAGCAUAUGAGCAGAGAGGAACACGGACGGAGCCUAGUACCACGUGCCUUCUCGGCUUUUACUUAACGUCAGAGGAAGUGAGAUCCCAAACAGGAUAUCGCUUUGCAGGCCCCAGAGGAAAAGUGGACAAAACUGUCAAGAUAUGCAUUUAAACAUUUUUAUUAAAGUAUUAAUAAGAUCUAUAUUCUUAAGUAAUUUUAAGUGUAACUGUCAUUGCUGGAAAGUUCUGCCUUCAGAGAACACACAGAUAAGAGGUGUUAAAGAGGAUUUAAGGAUAGUGGUUUGAUUGGGACCAUUUGCUUACUCAGGGAAAUUCCCAUUGUUGUUAAUAAAAAGCCCAGUAAGUUUGGAUUCGUUUUUCGAAAAUGAGAAGUACUUGCGAAGGCCUCACUAUGGUUUAUACUGAAAGUAUAUGUG